AUGGAAGAUUGGAGAGUAUUAGAAGAUACAGUACCAUGUCGAGAGAAAGAAAUAGAGAAUAUUCUAGCUCUAAUGGGACAGAAAGAUCAGAUGACACCAGCAUCUGUAUUUAUCUAUGGUCAUACCGCCACUGGUAAAUCUCAUGUAGUCAAUUCACUUCUUAAAAUAUCACAGGUACCAUAUGUACUAGUGAAUUGUGUGGAGUGUUAUAGUUCUAGAUUUCUUUAUGAACAUAUUCUCAACAACCUCUCUCAUACCAACCAUACAGAACAAUAUAGAUGUGAUAAUAUGAAUGACUUUAUUCGUUCCUUUCAACAAAUUAUAGAAGAAAAAAAUUAUAAAGAUCAUACAGUGUAUAUAGUACUAGAUAAAGCAGAAAGAUUAAGAGAAAUGGAAGCUAAUAUUCUACCAUCAUUUCUGAGAAUUCAAGAACUGACACAGUGUAAUGUUUGUGUUAUGUUUAUAAGUGAGAUUGUAUGGGACAAAUUUAGAAGUGGUACAGGAUCAUGUGAACCAUAUAUUCUUCAGUUUCCUGAUUAUUCUAAAGAUGAUCUGAUGAAGAUAAUGAGUUUAGAUUGUCCAACUGAUUACGAUGUAGAUUUUUAUAGUAAUUUUACCAAUCUGGUAUUAUCAGUCUUUCAUCUAGUAUGUCGUGAUCUGAAAGAAUUACGUCAUCUAACAAUGUUAAAUUUUGAUAAAUAUAUUGAACCAAUACAGAAGGGAGAAGCUACAAUGAAUGACAGUAGAAAACUAUGGAGAAAUAUCGAACCUCAUCUACGCAAAGCUUUACAAACAGUUUAUCUUAGAGAAGUGUCAAGUGCUCAAUGGGAGAAGUUACAAAUGGAAAUGUCAUCCACUGAAAGUACUGCUAUGUUAAGUAGAAGUCAUGUUGAACUACCAUUCUAUUCUAAAUAUCUACUAAUAGCUGCCUAUAUAGCAUCUUAUAAUCCUGUUAAAUCAGACAGAAGAUUCUUUAAAAAGGUUUCAAAGAUGACUAGAAGAGCAGCUUUGAUGAAGAAGAAAGAAAGAGCUAGUAAUCAUUUAUUAGGACCUAAACCUUUCCCAUUAGAUAGAUUACUAGCUAUAUUUUAUUCUAUAGUAGAGGGGAGGGUAGCACCUACAGCUAAUAUAUUUUCACAAAUAACAUCUCUAGUCAGUAUACAUCUACUGGGUCAAACAGCAGGAGAUGAUCAAAUAGAAAUGCCAAAAUAUAAAUGUUUGAUAUCUCUGGAUUUUAUCAGGUCUGUUUCAAGGACUGUCAAUUUUGAUGUUUUGUCUCAUCUGUAUGAUUUCAUGUGAAAGGUGUGUACAUAGAUUUCAACACUGUUUUAUGAAAUGGACAAUAUAGUCAAAUGGUCUAGAGUGGAAUCAACUUGAUCUACAAGUAUGUUUAUAUGGUUUGAAUAAAAUGUUUUGAAUUAAUUUUUGUCAAUGAUUUUGUGUUUGAAGAAUAUAAAUGAAGUGAU